GGUUCGUGUGGUACAAUCCUUUUUUUCUGGCUAAUGCUCAGAACGGGUUUCCCUUGUUCCGGGCUCAAUCACACCCACACCCACGUAACACGAAGAGAAGGGAAACUGACCACUCGUGCCUCUCUGUACAUGCGGCGGCAUCUCAAGGAGGGAGAAAAUCCCUCACAUGCUGACUGGGCGGCCAGUAUGCACCAUGAUAGGUUGUAGCAAAGAUGACGGCGGUGGCCUAUGCUCAUAUUCCCACAUGUGGCUCAUCACUCUUUGACCAAAUACAUCUCCUUCAUGUACCGGAUACAUCGCGUACGGUUUCAACCAUACGCAUCUGCCGUCGUCGUCCUGCGGCUCAACAAGUUGGUCUUCCUGCGUCGGGGAUAAAAGGGACAGCGGGAUCGAGGCCCUCCUGCAGGUUAUCGGGGGAGGGGGGAGGGGGGAGUCUGGGACCUUCGACGUUGCCCCGAAAGGCCGAAAGGGUCGUUAUCAUCAUUUUUGCCUGCAUGAUGGACAUUUUGCCAUCCGACCAUCUCCGGAGGGGUUGGCGAGUUGCGAUAGCGAGCCAGUACUUUGGGGAAAAGACUUUUUUUCUGGCCGGAACCUUAUCUCUCGUGGCGAAGGAGAGGGGAACCGCUAGACCUUCUAGAAUCUUUCUCCCACCUUGCCCGAGUUGGAGACGUCAGCAUCCGCUAGUGCGUAUUGGCUCCGCAAAGUCUGGGCGAUGAUCAAUCACCAGAAAAGUAAGUCUUGACGGCGGAUGCUGCACUGUUCAACCAGGUUGCCUGCCAAAAGGGCAACCAGGCUAAGAGGGGGG